AUGGCAACCUCUCGAAGGCCGACAUUUGUGUUUGUUCCAGGAGCAUGGCACAAACCAAGCUGCUGGUCAAAAGUAACCGCCCUGCUUAACACCCACGGCUACAAAUCCCUAACACCAACCCUCCCAUCCACACUCGGCGACGCAUCCGCCAUGUUCAAAGAUGAUCUACUUGCCGUCCGUGAGGCUAUCACGUCGGAGACCACGCAGGGAAGAGAUGUCGUGGUUGUCGUCUGGUCGUAUGGAAGUCUCCCCGGCGCGAGCGCCAUUAGAGGAUUGACCAAGAAACCAUCACAUCUAGAUGUCAGCAAAGGAGCAGGAGACACAACUGAGAGUAGUCUCAAAAACGGCCAAGGCCAUGUCAUCGGCCUCUGCUUAAUCGCAACCGGCUUCUGCGCCACAGGGACAUCCUUCCUCGGCAGCACAGGCGGGUCUCCUCCCCCGUUCUGGAAGAUCUCAGAUUCCGGGUUCGCGGAAUUCACUCUCGACGACGAGGGGGUUCGAGAGUUAUUCUAUCAUGAUUUGCCUGUUGAGGAGGGGAGGGAGUGGGUUGCGGAGGUGACGAGGCAGAGUGUGAGGGCGUUGAGGGAUGGUGGGGAGGAUGUUUAUGCGGGGUGGAGGGAUGUGGAUUGUUGGUUUUUGGGGACGAGGGAGGAUAGGGGGUUGCCGUUUGAGGUUCAGGGGAUGGUGGUGGAGAUGGCGAGGGAGCAGGGCGGGAGUGUGGUUAUGAGGGAGGUGGGGAGUGGGCAUGCGCCGAUGUUGAGUAGGCCGGAGGAGACGGUGGAGUUUUUGUUGGAGGCGGUGGGGGCGUUUGGUGCUUGA